AUGGCCCUGUUAUCAUAUGUACUCGACAAAGCUGUCUUGGGAGUUGAAGUUCUGGUGGCAGGCCUUGUCGUCUAUGCCCUCGGCACUGUCAUCUACAAUCGGUAUUUCCACCCGUUGAAGGACAUCCCCGGCCCGUUCUGGGCCUCGAUCACCACUCUGUGGUACUUUCGCGCUGUACGAUAUGGCCGGGGUCAAGACCAUCAGCUGCCAAUCCACAAAAAGUAUGGAAAUUUCGUCAGGAUUGCCCCCAACCAGGUGCAGAUCAUGGAUGCCACCGCGCUCGAAACCAUUUACGGCCCCAAAUACCAAUUCCCAAAGGGUGACUUCUACGACAACUUCAUCACCAACAUCAAUCCCAAGCGAAUCGACAGCUUCUCGGAACGGAAUGAGGCUCGGCACACGGAACGCCGUCGAAUGGUGGCUCCUAUCUACACGCAAGGUGCUGUGCUGGAGUAUGAACCGUGCGUUGACCGAGUCAUUGAGCUCUUCCACCGGCAGAUGGACCGGUUCGCUGCCAGCGGAGAAGCCUUUGACAUGUCCGUCUGGCUGCGCAAGUACACCUUUGACGUGAUCGGCGAGAUGUUCUACGGGCGUGAAGGGGGCUUCGGCUUCAUCCGAGACAAUAUCGACUACGGCCAGUGGUGCUACCUCAUGGACAUCAUGCCCAACCCGAUCGCGGCGCUGAACAACAUCCCAUGGGGGUUCCGAAACCUCUACUUCCUCUUCGAGCUGCUGUAUCCGGAAACCCGGGCCGGGGCCAAGGGCUUCUCCACGACGAUCAAGCAAGCGCACGAGGCGAUGCAACAACGGCUCGACGACAUGGCGGCCGGGAGACCGUACAACCCGCACGACACGCUCAGCAAGCUGAUCGACAUUGCCCACGACGAGAAGAACGACUUCCACAUCCUCGACGCCACGACCGAGAUCUGGGCCAUCAUCUGGGCGGGUUCCGACACCACGUCCAUCGCGCUCACGGCCAUCUUCUACUUCCUGCACAAGCACCCGCACACGCUGGCGAAACUGCGCGCCGAGGUCGACGACGCCUUCGCCACGGGCGCGCUCAAGUACCCCGUGAGAUUCAACGACGCCGUCAAACUCCCCUACCUCCACGCCGUCGUGCGCGAGGCCAUGCGCGUGCAUCCCUCGCUGGGCACGGGUCUGCCGCGCGUGGUUCCGCACCCGGGCGUCGAGAUUUCCGGCCGGUUUUUCCCCGGCGGCACGGGCGUCAUCAUGAACCAGAACGCCGUGCACUUUGACAGGAACGUCUUCGGCGCCGACGCCGAGGAGUUCAUCCCGGAGCGCUGGCUGCGUGACGACGACGGCGGCAGGAACGCGGCCUACAUGGAACGCCACAUGAUGCACUUUGGCUAUGGCAAGAGGAUCUGCAUCGGGAGGCACAUCACCAACACGGAAAUGUACAAGCUUUUGCCCGUCGUGCUGCGCGACUUUGACUUUGACUUGGUGCCCGAUGAGAAGGGCCGGUGGGAGUGGGAGGUGUGGAGGGGGUGGUUCCAUCAGCAGAAGAAUGUCAUGGUAAAGGCGAGGAGGAGAGAGAGAGGGAGUGAGUAG